AUGAGGGAUAUAAACAUGAACAUGAAUUUGAAUUUAUACCAUUCGGACAAUAUGGAGGUAAAAGAAAAGAGGUCGUCGGACGCGUCGUUGCUGGUGAUGAACCCUGUGGCCAGCGGCGAUAAUGUGACUACGGGACUAAACUCCACUCACAAACUGAAGGAGGAACUGCCAGCGCUUGUGCCGUGUUGCGAAGGGAGAGAAUUACAGAUAAACGAGGACCUGGUUCGUAGCGGACUCUCGGCAAUCUCUGUAAAACAUGACAGCGUGAUACAAUGUCUGAGCAUGUCACGCGCUUGCGAGAAGAUGCAAGUACCACCUGGUCUAGUUAAGCAUAGAAACUCUUUCCGGAGUCUACACAGGCCCGACCUGAAGCGUGUUCCGUACCUGCGUCGCAUGACACCCGACGAACUUGAGACAUUAUUCCGUGGUUACGCCGACCUGCCGGGAAGAGGUAUCCUGAAGACCGACCAUCGAGAAGAAAUAAUGAAAGUUCUACUACCGCCCGACGAAAAUAGUCGCGGAAAAGAACGAUUAGCAAAAAUCGAAACUUGCAAUCAAGAAGGUAAUACCAUCUCCCUUCACCCAAUCCUAGAGACUCGCUCAGGAGCAGAAGACGUCCCGGCGGGCAUGCGGCUGCACGGCACACGUGCGAGGCUCUACACGUCGGUGCUAGCGGGCGCUAAGGCCGGGGACCAAUUAGACGGCAUUUCAACGAACGAUGAUUACGACACUCGCGUUCUAGACGUUUCAGUGCCAGAUGAAGAAGUUCAACUAAACGAGGAAUUGCAGAUCAUCCUCCCCCCCAGGUACGACGACGUAACGGCAGACUCUUCUAAUACUACUACGACAACUGAACACAGCACACGUUAA